AUGCAGAUCCCGGAAAUCGACAAAGAUCAUUGCCUAGAUGUUCUUUCCAAGCUCAUCCAAAUCAAGAGCUAUUCUCAGACCGAUGGAGAGUUGGAAGCGACAAGUUUCAUGGCGGAGCAGAUGAAACGUAUCGGGCUUCAAGCAGACAUCUUCCCCUUCGACAAUGGCCGGCGACAGAACGCCGUAGGUGUGUGGAAGGGGAAGGGACCUUCCGACGUCAAGACUGCUCCGAAGACGAUUCUUUUCAACGGCCACCUGGAUACCAAUCCAGUCUCCGAGGGGUGGACCAUAGACCCGUGGGAGGGCAAGAUCGAUGAUGAGUUCAUCUACGGCAUCGGGGUCAGCAACAUGAAGUCGGGUUGCGCAGCAUACUUCUGCGCCGUCGAGGCGUUGAUGCAGAGCGGGUGGCGGCCGAAGGGCGACGUCAUCCUGACAUAUGUGGUCGGAGAGCUCCAAGGAGGUGUCGGCACGAUGGCUCUCAUUGAAAAAGGCCGUAUCGGCGGUGCGGACUAUUUCGUCAACUGCGAGCCUUCGGACAUCAAGGCUGUCACGAUGCACGCAGAGGCCCUUACUUUCGAGAUCGAGAUCAUAGGCGUGACUCGACACAUGUCUGCCAAAGAAGAAGCGUCUGAUGCUAUUCUCGCAGGAUGCGAGCUGAUCUUGCAAAUGGACAAGAUGAAGUUUCACGGUGCGAGAUCCAGUGAGCAUGAAAAGUGCAACAGGUGUUCAGUCGGGGUGGUCCACGGGGCGCUGGGCAAGGACUUGGUGGAAUGGAGACCGGCUCAAGUAGCGGACGUCUGCAGACUUGCUGGAAGCGCGCGGUACGCUCCUGGUCAGACUCAAGACGGUGUCAUGGCUGAUAUUCGUUAUAUUGUGGACAAAGUCAUCAAGAGGUAUUCGGGGAUGUCGGCUACGGUAAAGCAGCGUUUUGAACCGACGAUGCCUGCGUUCGAGGUCUCGCCCGAUUCACGAAUUGUCAAGUCUCUGAAUCAGGCAUAUCGUCAGGUUCGAAAUCAGGAGCAACCGACGGGUGUCCUGGCGCCGACGUGCUUCUACGGAUCGGAUGCUGGACAUCUCUUCAAAACUCUGGGCAUGGAAGGAAUAAAGUGGCCAACCUCCGCCAUUGGUCAAAAGAAUACAGCGCAGAACCUCACCUUGCCGGUGACCUAUCACAUGCAGAACGGAUCCGAGACCUCUGGCGAUCGUACGGCAUUCCGACUGAACUGGAACAACGGACAUAUUGCCUUUGAAGCAUCGUUAACCGAAGACGAGAUACCCCAAGACCCGACAUCGUCACCCCAGAAUGGGCUUCCUGCAUUUCAUGGCUUCAGUGCCAACGGAAAAGUCUGUGCGGAAUUGGUUUAUGCAAACUUUGGCGAGUUGAAAGACUUCGAGCUACUUGAGUCCAAGGGCAUCUUCGUCAAGGGCAAGAUCGUCAUCUGCAAAUAUGCCAAGGUCUUCCGAGGCCUCAAGGUUCGCGCCGCCGAGAAGUACGGAGCAGCUGCCGUCAUUCUCUACAACGACCCCCAAGAAGAUGGGCAAUACACCGAGGCGAAUGGAUACCAACAUUAUCCUCAUGGGCCGGCGAGGCACCCUAAAUCGAUUCAGCGAGGUAGCGUUGAUUUCUUCUCGAUUGCUGUGGGAGAUCCAACGACACCCGGAUAUCCGAGCUUGCCCGGGACCGACGUAGAACGUCAAGACCCAGGAUAUGCAACCCCCAAGAUCCCGUCACUGCCCAUCUCCUACGCCGACGCGAUUCCGUUCCUGAAGGCCCUUGAUCAUCAGGGCCUAGGUCCAACUGAAAUGGGUGGUGAAGGGGGCGACUGGGAGGGUUGUCUUGUCGGCGUUGGUUACUACACCGGGCCAAGCCAGUUCAAAGUCUCGUUGACGAAUGAGAGCACUUACAAGUAUGCGCCGAUUUACAAUGUGAUAGGCACAAUCCCAGGAGUAACGCAAGAAAGCAUUGUGCUUGGAAACCACCACGACUCCUGGUGUUGUGGUGCCAUCGACCCGGUAAGCGGUACGGCUGCCAUGAACGAGGUUGCUCGCGCUCUUGGUAUGUUAUGCCAAAGGGGCUGGAAACCGUAUCGAAAGAUAAUACUGGCCAACUGGGAUAAUGAAGAGUACGGUCUUGUGGGAUCCACCGAAUGGGCUAACGUCCAUUUUGACCUUAACGUCGACGAGGCCACAAACGGCGGACAGGUCCUUGGCGUAACCGGGAGCCCACUUCUAGCCAGCGUCCUUCGCGACGUAACCCGCAUGAUCAAAUCACCCAUCAACGGAGACAGCACUAUCUAUGACGACUGGCUCGGCGAUCAGCGGCGAGCUGAUCCAGACCGUCCGAUGCCUGUCCUCGAUCUCAUGGGGACCGGGAGCGAUUACACAGUUUUCUUCGACCACCUUGGUAUACCAUCCGUCGACCUCCUCUUCAACCGCCAAGGACAAGGGGUUUAUCCUUACCACUCGAACUACGACAGCUUCUACUGGGUCGAAAAGUUUGGCGAUGUUGGGUUCAAAAAGCAUCUCGCCAUGGCCCAGCUCUGGGGCUUGCUCACUGUCCGGCUGGCGGGUACGGGAAACAUCUUGUUUGAGGCCGCGGAAUAUCCCAAGGUUCUUGCUGUUCAUUCCUUGGAGAUGAAGGCUAAGUAUGGUCGUUCGCUUGAUUUAUCUGCUCUUGACGAGGCAAUCGGUCGUUUUCAUGCUAUUGCUGUGAAGUUGGACACGAAACUGCCAACAGGCCCUCAGCCAGACAGCGCCAUAAACAGGGCUUAUAUCAAUCUUGAGCGCCAGUUUCUUCUUCCGAAGGGAAAGGGACUGCCUGGGAGAGAAUGGUACCGCCACAUGAUAUUUGCGCCAGGCCUCUGGUACGGAUACGAUGGAGUUAUCUUCCCAGGAGUUGUAGAGUGUAUGGAGGCGCAGGACACAGCAGGAGCCGCCGAGUGGAUUCAAAGAAUUGUUGCCAGUAUUCAAGGCGCUACCGAGCUUCUCUCAAGCGCAUCGGGUAUUCAAGACGAGAAGAAGUCAACACACACUCGAGGACGCCAGGUCAAAAUCGUCACCACCAUGAGCCAAACGUGGACUCUGGCCGAUGUACAAAAACACCAGACAGCUGACGAUUGCUGGAUUGCACUCCACGGCAAAGUAUACGAUAUCACCGCUUUUCUCACCCACCAUCCUGGCGGCAAGGCAAUCCUCCUGAAAAACGCCGGCAGAGACGCGUCAGAAGCGUUCGACUCUUUUCACCCGGUCGAACUCAUUGAUGAAUACCUCAAAGAAGACCAAGUCCUGGGGAAAUUUGAAGCAGAGGUGGCUGUUGAAAGUGUACCAGAUACCAAUGAUCCUCCAGUCAUUCCAAUGGCGCCGACUGCAUCUCAGCAGUGCGGGUCAACGGUGCCCCCCGUGCCUCAGAUCCUCAGCAUCUCAGAGAUGGAGUACUACGCCAUGAAGAAGCUGAGCCCAAAGGCCAUAUCGUACUACGCCUCCGGCACCGACGACGAGAUCACGAAAAUUGGCAAUGGCGCCAUCUACCGCUCCAUUCUCCUGAGACCGCGGGUCUUCGUCGACUGCACAAGCUGCUCGCUAUCAACCACCAUUCUCGGCAACAAAGUCGGAAUGCCAAUCUACGUCUCCCCCGCCGCGAUGGCAAAGCUAGCCCACCCAACUGGGGAAGCAGGCAUCGCAGCGGGGUGCUCAAAAUUCCAAGCCCUCCAGAUCAUCAGCAAGAACGCCUCCAUGUCGCCAUCCGCCAUCGUCCGGGCAGGCCCUGACGCGAUCUUUGCCUGGCAGCUCUACGUGCUGAAGGACAUCGCGGCCACGGAGAGGACUCUGGCGCAGAUCCGCGCCAUCCCGCAGAUCAAGUUUAUCGUGUUGACGCUUGACGCGCCGUUCCCGGGGAAGCGAGAGGCCGACGAGCGGUUCAAGAUGGCCGAGGUCGCCGGCGGAGCCGCGCCGGGGGUCUGGGGCACGGAGUCGGGAUUGACGUGGCGCAAGACGCUGACUUGGCUUCAGGGGCAUACGUCGCUCCCGAUUGUGUUGAAGGGAAUUCAGACGCAUGAAGACGCUUAUGCGGCAACACUAUUCCCGAGCGUUAAGGGGAUUAUUGUAUCGAAUCACGGGGGAAGGGCUUUGGAUACCACGAUGACGCCUGUUCAGGUUCUUUUGGAGAUCCGGAAGUUCUGUCCGCAGGUUUUCGAUAGGAUUGACGUUCUCGUUGAUGGUGGUAUCAAGAGAGGGACGGACAUUGUCAAGGCGUUGGCUCUCGGGGCGAAGGGCGUUGGGAUUGGCCGAGCAGCGUUGUACAGCCUAGCUGUCGGAGGACAGGAGGGGGUUGAAAGGGCGUUGCAGAGUAAGUUUCCCCUACUGUAG